CCCCAGGGUGCCAUGGCCUCGCGGCUCCUGCACCGGCUGCGGCACGCCCUGGCCGGCGAAGGCCCCGGGGAGGAGGCCACUGGCCCGGAGGCCGAGCAGUUCCCGGAGAGCUCGGAGCUGGAGGACGACGAUGCCGAAGGCCUGUCCUCCCGCCUCAGCGGCACCCUCAGCUUCACCAGCGCGGAGGACGAGGACGACGAGGACGAGGACGACGAGGAGGCCGGCCCCGACCCGCUGCCCUCUGGAGACGGGGCUUCGGGAGAAGAUGCAGAACAGAGCUCCCCACCUGAAGGACAGCGGGGCAGUCAGCUGCUGGCUCGCCAGUUGCAGGAUUUCUGGAAGAAGUCCCGGAAUACGCUGGUGCCCCAGCGGCUCCUCUUUGAGGUGACCAGUGCCAACGUGGUCAAGGACCCACCCUCCAAGUACGUGGUGGGGAAACUGAAGCCAGAAAGGGGAUGUAACUUGAGCAAGUCUUCAGGCACGUGACUUCUCUGAGACCGAGUAAAGAAGGGAUUAUGGAACUGCCUCCUUUCCUGGUUCUGUGACUAAGAGAACUGGUGUGUGUGUUCUCCCUGCCCCCCACACUAGGGUUUUGUAAACUGUAUAAGAUGCAAGGUGCAUAGGAAAAAAUAUUCUCUGCGUCACACUUGACACCCAAGUUGGUUAGUAGCCAAAACAAUGGGUGCUGGGUCCAGACCAACCGUGAGAGAAAUCUCACUCACUACCAACCAGUUUGACCUGGCUGGGUUGUGUAACUUGGAUGACUGUUUUCUUCAUCAGAGCUAGGGGGAUAAGGCACAGGGUCAAGCAGGAAUGAAGUCAGUGCAGGCCUUGGCAUUAUGGAGUGCGCGAUAAGAAUGGCAGCUGCUACUCUUUCAUUUUGGAUAGAAAGUGUUUGGCACCUAGGGCCUCUUGUGACCCCCUUACAAACCGGGGAAUCAAUCCUCAGGCACCUGCCCUAUGUGGAGUAUCCGGUCCCAAGUGUUGGACUUAGGGAAUGAGGGUAAAGAACAGUGUGGGGGAGUGUCCCUGCUUUCCCUGCUAAGGGAAAGAGGAGAAUGAGGUUGGCCGGGCCCUGCCCCAGGCUAGGCCCGAAACCUGGCUGGCUGGUUCUGGCCAGGGCAGCUCCCUGCCUGUCACCUCCCUCCUCUUCACACCCCUCCUCCAAUUCUGACUCAGUGGGAAGGGGGCCCUGGGCCUCUCCACCCUUUUCUGCUGCUGUUAGUAAACAAGGGGCCACGCCCACGAGGGACUGCUCCAGUGAGCAGGGGUUGACGCACAUCAGGUCCUAAGUGGCCUGAAUCCUGGCCAGGGUCUUACACGGGCUGGAAGCCCCAAGGGUCAGUUAUCAGGGAGCAGCUGGGAGACAGGGAAGUAUCUGGGAGACCCUGGAACAGAAUGACAAGAUAGAUGCAUGGCAGAGGCCUGGCCUGCCUCACCAGGGCCUCUUUUGUCUAGUGGGGACCCCAAGUCCCUAUUUAAUGUCAGGGGGCUUAGCACACAGAUGUUGGAAUUGGACUGUUCCAUUUGCCAGCUGUGAGCUCCGGGAAUCCCUUUGGCAAUUUGUGGAGCCUGUUUCCUCAUCUCUCAGAGGUCAGGACAAGUUCUGUCUGGUGCCCUUGUGAAGAAAUAGUAGGUGUCGGGGCUCAGCACGGCACAGGCCAGGGGCUCAGUGGUGCUACUGUCCCCGUCUGCUUCAGUAACGCAUCACAAGGAUACCAUGGAUAUAAAAUGUGGGAGUUUUUUGUUUGUUUGUUUGUUUUGGUCAAUUUAAGGAAAGCUAGAUGAACACCUGGGGUUUUUAUAGACCAGUGCUUCCUGAAGUGUGUUCUGUAGAAAAAUGGUUCCCUGGAAUGUUAAUCUCUGUUCCUUUUUUUUUUUUUUUUAAAGGGGAGGGGGGCCG